GACAGUGAAGCUUCAGCAGCAGCAGCAGCAGCAGCAGCAGCAGCGAUGGCUCACUUCUUCACUCAGGAGUACUUUCAGAUCCCUGUGGUGACCCGAGCGUACACGACCGCCUGCGUCCUCACCACCGCUGCCGUGCAACUUGAGGUGAUCACCCCGUUCCAGCUCUACUUUAACCCAGAUCUCAUCAUCAGGAGGUACCAGAUAUGGCGUGUGAUAACCAGCUUCCUGUUCUUCGGUUCUCUUGGAUUCAGUUUCCUGUUCAACAUCAUCUUUCUCUAUCGAUACUGUCGGAUGCUGGAGGAAGGAAGUUUCCGGGGAAGGACGGCGGACUUUGUUUUCAUGUUCCUGUUUGGAGGAAUCGUCAUGUCUCUGUUCGGCCUCUUCGCCAACAUCUUCUUCCUGGGUCAGGCCUUCAUCAUCAUGCUGGUGUACGUCUGGAGUAGAAGACAUCCGCUGAUCCGCAUGAACCUCUUCGGCCUGCUGAACUUCCAGGCUCCCUUCCUGCCCUGGGUGCUGAUGGGAUUCUCGCUGCUGCUCGGGAACUCCAUCGUGGUCGACCUCCUGGGCAUCAGUGUGGGUCACAUGUACUACUUCCUAGAAGACGUGUUUCCAAACCUGCCUGGAGGAAGGAAGCUGCUGAUGACUCCAGAAGUGCUACGGAUGAUGUUCGACCAACCAGAGGAUCCAGACUAUCGUCCUCUUCCUCGGCAGGAUGAAGAUCUGCAGGACGACGAGCAGCAAAACUGAAAGCAGUCGGAGGAUUUCUGGAGGACGGUAAAGAAGGACAGAUCUGAGGAGGAAUAAAUCACAUAAAGAAGCUCACCUGUGGAGCAAUAACUUACCUUAAUGAGGAAACAGCAGCACAGAGAGGAAGAAAAGUCCAAAAAUAAUCAGACAAUAGAACUUAAACGCACCUUUAGGGUGUCGUUUAAACAGUCGGUUUGUUUGACGUCGAGCUGCAGCUUCAAGAUCAAUACUUUGGAAUAAAAAAGUAUCAGAAAAAAACGCUGAGAAUGAGGCGAAAUAAUCCUAAAACACUCAGCGGUCGCUUUAUUCGCUACACCUGUUCUACUGCUCGUUAACACAGACAUCUGAUCAGCCAAUCAGAAGACAGCAGCUCAGCACAUUUAUUCCUGUAGACGUGUUAAAGACGACCAGCUGGAGUUCAACCUGAGCAUCAGAACGGGAAGAAAGGGGACAAAAAAGCAACAAAGAGAUUAAAAAUGACUGAACAUGAAACAAAAAUAUGGAAAAUAAAACAUUUUGGACAGGUUUCAAGUAAUUUCAAACAUGUUUCUAGUACCUUUGGACACGUUUCUAAACAUGUUUCAAGUCAGUGUGGACAAAAUAUUGGCAUUUCGAGCAUGUUUCUAGUACUUUUUGACAUAAUUUUGUCAUUCUGGACAUAAUUAUGUCAUUUUAAACAUGUUUCUAGUCGUUUUGGAUAUCAUUUUGGACAGGUUUCAAGUAAUUUCAAACAUGUUUCUAGUACCUUUGGACACGUUUCUAGUCAUUUUAAACAUGUUUCAAGUCAGUUUGGACACAACAUUGGCAUUUUGAGCAUGUUUCUAGUACUUUUUGACAUAAUUUUGUCAUUUUAAACAUGUUUCUAGUCAUUUUGGACAUCAUUUUGUAGUUAUAUGGACAAACUGUGUUAAUUAAGGACCAGACUUUGCCAUUUUUAGAGUAUUUAAGACAUUCUUUUUGGCUCAUUAUGAAAAACAGUUUCAUCAUUUUGUGUAUUUUUUUCUUUAAGUAGUUUUGGACAAAGUGAAACAGAUCCAGGGUAGCGAUGAUUGUUUCUACAUCAUUAAACCUCCGCAGUUUUACCGUUCACCUGCUCAGUUGUUGACCUGAAAGCAGCAGCUCUGACCUCUCAGAUCAGCUGACGUCUGCACUCUUUCACCAGCUGUCCUUUGUGGCUCCAAACAAAUGGAAACUGCUGCGUCCAACAAACAGCGUCCAAACAGCCGCUUCAAACUCCUCGUUUCUGCUGCAAAUAUCAGCCAGGACUGGGAGGUUGGGUUUUUUCCUGCAGCGAGUAGAUGCCGAAGAAAAAUCUACCAAGAAAUCUGUCAUUUACGUGUAAUUUAACACCUUCUACAUAUUAAAGUGCAGCUUUUAUCUGUGAUUUACAAGUUAACCUCCUGUUAGCUCAUUUCUCAGCAGCAGCAACCAAAAAAUCCCAUUAAAUAGUAUUUAUAUCUCAUUAUUAACUCCAUUAUUAAACAUUUCUGCUCUUUAUUUCUCACAGAUUGUGGUUAUAGAGCAGGGGUGGGCAAACUUUUUGGCUCAGGGGCCACAUUGACUUUUGAAAUGCAACAGACGGGUCAGACCAGCAUCAGAUGGUUGGAGAUUGUGCAAACUAAUAUGAAUUACCGUUAAAGGCAAUACUGACAGAGUAAAGGUUAAUCGCAUUCAGUUUCAGUGGGAACAGUGUUGUUGGUCACCCUUUUCUGCCAGUGCAUCAAAGUCUGGUGUCAGCUUGGUUGUGGCAAUUCUCAGGAUGGAUCUGAGGUGUUCAUCAGUUAACUGGGAUCUGUGGUGUCCUUUGUGACAAGGAGCAUGAUACCAGCUGAAGUGACUUGUCAGUUUUUUUUUUUUCAAAAUCAGAGAACCGACGGUAGAAUUUUUUUUUUUUAACAUUUGUCUUGAGAAUAAAGUCAGUUUGGCUUUGAAGGCUGUCACAUUUGUGUACAUUUUGUGCACAAACUGAUCUUUCCCUUGCAGCCUCACGUUCAGCUCAUUCGUGUGCGUCAGUAUGUCCCAGGCGUGAACUAACCGUGACGUCACCCGUUGGUUUCAACGGCGAGAAACUGAAGCCCGGAUUUUGCUACUUCCUGGUCGCCGUUUUGGAUUUUUUGGAGCCAGUGACGUAAAAAGCGUCAUCAAACAGGCUGGACCGGAGAGCAACUAGGAGCAGGAUUGGCUGAGGACUCUCUUAUCCCGCCCACGUUUUGCCGCAGAGGCUUCUGUUGCUGUCUAUCAAGUAUAGCCACGCCCCCUGGCUCCGCCAACUGUAACGAUUUAUUUAAAAUUCAGUAUUGAUUUAUUUUAAGAUCGGCCACCUGAUCUCUCAUUUUGACCAUGAAAACUAACAGGAAAAAAAUCCUGAGCUGUAGAACAUCAGUCUAUCAAAUUUUAUUUUUUCCAAAAAUGAAUUGGGGUCUAUGGAGAAAAAGCUUUUUGGAGCCAACCCUAGCGGACGGUGUGAUAUUGCAAGUUUUUGACACUUCCGGGUUUGCUUCAAUUCUGGAGCCAGAUGCUACAUCCAUUAUAUAUACAGUCUAUGGUAUGUCCACGGCAAAAUCACAGCCAAUCUCUGUGGCACAGCUCAGGAAAAUCAUCGAUUAACUCCAAAAAUGAGCUAAUCUCGCCUCUGAGCUCCCACACUGGCUGACGUGCUUUCCCCAAACUUAACCAGCGGACAUGAGAGUGCUAAAGCAAGUCCUGGUGAUCAGCAUCAGUUUCUUCUAGAAACUUCAUGAACUGACGAUGCUGAAGCCCUCUGGCUCGUAUAGAGUUAACAAGUUUUACGACUGGCUUCACGACAUGAUCAAGAUGCAAAACAGACUUACAGAGCGCUUCCUGGUAGAUUAUGCAGUGUAGGAAAAUCACAUCCAGCUCAGGGUUUUCCUCCUUCGCCUUAUCCUGGAUUCUUUUCAGCAGCUUUACGUUUUUCUCAUGUCAAGAUGGCGAUCCGUCCGUGGUGACAUUGGCGACUUUACACCACGGCAGCUUCACCCUCUGGAUGACCCUACAGUCCUCUCUACGCGUUUUCCCCUUCAUGGAUUCCAUAGUCACAAAUUCCUCCACAAAAUGUUAAUUAAUCCCUCUAAUAAAAAUUAAAAGCUGAGCAGAGUCUUUUAUGGCAUUGCUUUCGUCCACUGCUAAUGGAUAUAGCUUGAAGGACUCCGCUUUUUCGUUCAGUGAGCUGGCUAAGUCUUCGUCUAUUAGUUCAACACGACUUGCUAGCCUUUAUUAUUUUGAAUGCUAGCAAAUAACUUGCCUUCGUGCUUGACUCUUGACCGUAGUUUGCAGAAAAAACGUAUUCAGCUGAGUGUGUAAACUGGCUGCCAGCCUCUGAGCCGUAGCUGUCCGUUCCUGCCCUGAUUGGCUGCUAGCGUAGUUAGCAUGCUUCGUGGAAAAGUGUCGGCUGAUACUGUGUUCUUUAAAAACCGCAACGGUUUCAUUGCAAAUAAGACACAGAGCCUUUGAACGGACGUCAGCGAAAAAAUAUUUAGGAGUCCACUCCUUCUGAAACACUCCACUUUACUUGUCUUUGGUCCACUCACUGUAACGGCAGGGCUCAAUGCAGUUGUAAAGCAGAAGAAGAGAAAAUUAAAGCUGCAAGCAGCGAUGGACGGGUCCUCGCAUCCACGCUGGUCGUGAAUCCACGCACGUCCACCAGGUGGCGCUGUGACUGAGACUGUAUGUCGGCCUCUGAAUCGCAUCUGGACCAGAGUCCAAUCAUACAUUUAAAAUUUCAGCCAGACUGUAGCAUGUUCAGAGCAGUUAUAGAGCAUUUCCUGUCUAUCCACCAGGUGGCGCUGUAACUCAGAGUGUAUUUCACACAGUGGAUGUGAUGAGGGUUGGACUCUGAUCACUCAUGAAAAGUUUCAGGCUGAUUUGAUCAUGUAGAGGCCAGUUAUACAGCAUUUACUGUCCCUCCAUCAGGUGGCGCUGCGACUGAGAGUGUCUGUUGGCCUGUAGAUGUGAUCAGGAUUGGAUUGUGAUCACACAUGGAAAGUUUGAGGCAGAUUGGAGCAUGCAGAGGAGAGUUAUACAGCAGUUGAUGUUUCAUGGCGAAGCAUCAAAACGCUGAUGGUCGCCAUGGCCACGCCAUUUGGCUUCUGGUUAAACUUUUGAUAACUUUUCCAAACCAAGUCCUGCUGUGUGGACUGACAAAAUUUCAGGUCUCCUGGAAUUAUCCCCUAGGAGGUAUUAACUCUCAAAAAUGAGAAAAAUCAUCAAAAAUCUCACAAUUAAUCCAAGAUGGCCGACUUCCUGUUGGGUUUAGGACAUGGCUCCAAGAGGCUUUUUUGUGCGUCCUGAUGUGCUCUAUAAGCCUCCCAAAUUUCAUGGAUGUAGGUGAAACGUGCUGGGGGGGCUGUUUGUUAAAAAUACUGUAGGGGGCGCUAUAGCAUGUGCAGUGCCGAGAUGCAUACAGUGUUGUUCCUUGGGUCAAUGGUGAUGUGUGUGGUAAUUUUUGUGAGCAUUGGAGUAUUCCUAACCUGUCAGAAAGGGCUUUGUUUUUCAUGGCGAUAUUUGGUUGCUACGGCAACAGCGUUACAUGAAAUGUCACACCCUUCACAGUGUGUGAUUGUCAAGAGGUGAAGACUCGACUGACCAAUUUCCAGCAUGAUAUCACCAAGUUUGGGGCCAUUGUACCUGAAAAUAUAAGGCCUUAAACUUACUAUUACCAACAGGUGGCGCUAUGACUUUUUCAAAAUUUAUGAGUGUGGAUGUGUUCAGACUGGACCUGGUAUCCAGCAUGUGAAGUCUGAGGCAGAUAGGAUGUUGUUCAGCUGAGAUAUGAAUCGUUAAAUUUUCAUGGCGAAACAUCGAAAUUGGUUUGGCCGCCACAGACACGCCCUUUGAUGACAAGUCACCAUUUUCACUGGGAUGCAUCAUCAAUGUGUUUAGGCUGUUGUCACUGCAUUUGAAGUGAAUAUGAUCAACCGGGUAACAAUAGGGCAUGAAAGUGUAAAAGAUGUCUAUUUCCUGAAACCACAAGGUGGCGCUAUGACUGUCAAUGAAUAUCCCUAUGUGGAUGACAUCAGGACAGGACUGUCAUCAUACAUGUAAAGUUUCAGGCAGAUUGGAGCAUGUUGAGAAGAAUUAGACACCACUUCCUGUUUCAUGGCGAAGGAUCAGUUGUUUGAGGCUCCGCCAUGGCCACACCUUUUGGCUUCUGGUUGAGUUUUUGAUAACUUUUCAUCAGAAAGGUCUGGUGCAUGUACUGGCCAAAUUUCAGUUCUCUCAGACUUAUCCACUAGGAGCUAUAAAUUUUGACAAAUGUACAGCAAAUUCAAGAUGGCCGACUUCCUGUUGGGUUU